AUGUUCAACAAAAUCGCUCUCACUGCACUCGCCUUCGGCGCCAUGGCCUUUGGUCAACAAAUCGGCACGUUGACGACGGAGACCCACCCUCCUCUCACUGUUCAGCAAUGUACCGCGAGCGGCUGCACCAGCUUGAACCGCGCUGUUACCCUUGAUUCCAACUGGCGUUGGUUGCACUCUACCAGCGGCGCGACUAACUGCUACACCGGCAACACCUUCGACGCGACUCUGUGCCCGCCCAAUGACGGCGCCGCCUGUGCCGCCAACUGCGCCCUCGACGGUGCUGACUACAGCGGCACAUAUGGUAUCACCACCUCCGGCAACGCUCUUACCCUCAAGUUCGUUACCACCGGCGCCAACAAGAACAUCGGUUCCCGAGUGUACCUCAUGGAGGACAACACCCACUACAAGACCUUCAACCUGAAGAACCAAGAAUUCACCUUCGAUGUCGACAUGUCCAACCUUCCCUGUGGCUUGAACGGUGCCCUCUACUUCUCAGAGAUGCCAGCAGACGGUGGUGUUUCCUCUACCAACGCGGCUGGUGCGAGAUUCGGUACUGGCUACUGUGACUCCCAGUGCCCCCACGAUCUCAAGUUCAUUGGAGGAGUGGCCAACAACGUCGGCUGGACUGGCUCGUCGAGCGAUCCCAACUCGGGAGCCGGUAACUUCGGUGCCUGCUGCGGUGAGAUGGAUAUUUGGGAAGCCAACUCGAUGGCUGCCGCCUACACUCCCCACCCUUGCAGCACCGACGGCCUCUUCCGUUGCACUGGCACCGAUUGCGGUGACGGCGACAACAGAUAUGCUGGUGUCUGUGACAAGGAUGGAUGUGACUUCAACUCCUACCGUAUGGGAGACCGCUCCUUCCUUGGCUUGGGCAAGACUGUUGACACCAGCAAGAAGAUCACUGUCGUAACUCAAUUCAUCACCGCCGACAACACCUCAAGCGGAGACCUCGUCGAAAUCCGCAGAGUCUACGUUCAGGACGGCGUUGUUAUCCAGAACUCAGUAACCAGCGUCCCAGGACUCGACCCCUACGAUUCCAUCACCGGUGACUUCUGCGCGGCCCAGAAGUCUGCCUUCGGCGACAACAACUACUUCGCCACCAAGGGCGGACUCAGACAGAUGGGCAAGUCCUUCGACAACGGCAUGGUGUUGGUCCUCAGUGUCUGGGAUGACCACGCCGUCAACAUGCUCUGGCUCGACUCGGACUUCCCCACCGACAAGGACCCGUCCCUCCCGGGUGUCUCCCGUGGCGCUUGCGCUACCACGUCUGGUGUCCCCGCUGAUGUUGAGGCACAACACCCGAAUGCUUCGGUUACGUACUCGAACAUCAAGUACGGCCCCAUUGGUUCGACCUUCAGCGGCGGCUCUACCCCUCCUACCUCGUCUACCCCAGUUACAUCGUCUACUCCCAGCACGACCUCCAGCGGCACAACCCCGACUGCUCCUUCUGGCACAGUCCCCCAAUGGGCUCAGUGCGGCGGCAUCAACUACACCGGCCCCACCGCCUGUGUUUCUCCAUUCACCUGCCAUGUUAUUAACGACUUCUAUUCUCAGUGUUUCUGA